CCAGCCGCGGAAAGUCGCCGGCCGGGAGAGGAGCGGAGAGGAGACUCCUCCCCCGGGCCAGAAAAUUAAUCAGCCAGGACGAGCAGCAGAGCUGAGCGCGGCGGCCUGUAAUUAAGGGACGUGUGCCCCUCGGAUUAUCUCGUUAGUUUAUCAAGAAAACAUUUAUUAUAAUUAAUUCUCGGACGAGUUCCACCAGUCCAAAACUACCCACCGAGGACCUUGAACCUGUCCACCCCAGGCGAAUCCAGACCUUCUGGCUGGGUCCCCUCGAUUUGGGCCGACUUUGCGCCUCCAAACAACCUUAGCAUGAUGUCUUAUCUUAAGCAACCGCCUUACGCAGUCAAUGGGCUGAGUCUGACCACUUCGGGCAUGGACUUGCUGCACCCCUCCGUGGGCUACCCGGCCACCCCUCGGAAACAGCGGCGGGAGAGGACGACCUUCACCCGGGCUCAGCUAGAUGUUCUGGAAGCGCUGUUUGCCAAGACCCGGUACCCAGACAUCUUCAUGCGUGAGGAGGUGGCACUGAAAAUCAACUUGCCCGAGUCCAGGGUGCAGGUGUGGUUUAAGAAUCGAAGAGCUAAGUGCCGCCAACAACAGCAGCAACAGCAGAAUGGAGGUCAAAACAAAGUGAGACCUGCCAAAAAGAAGACUUCUCCGGCCCGGGAAGUGAGUUCAGAGAGCGGAACAAGUGGCCAGUUCACUCCCUCUAGCACCUCAGUCCCGACUAUUGCCAGCAGCAGUGCUCCUGUGUCUAUCUGGAGCCCAGCCUCCAUCUCCCCACUGUCAGACCCCUUGUCCACCUCCUCUUCCUGCAUGCAGAGGUCCUAUCCUAUGACCUACACUCAGGCUUCAGGUUAUAGUCAAGGAUAUGCUGGCUCAACUUCCUACUUUGGGGGCAUGGACUGUGGAUCUUACUUGACCCCUAUGCACCACCAGCUUCCUGGACCAGGGGCCACACUCAGUCCCAUGGGUACCAAUGCAGUCACCAGCCAUCUCAAUCAGUCCCCAGCUUCCCUUUCCACCCAGGGAUAUGGAGCUUCAAGCUUGGGUUUUAACUCCACUACUGAUUGCUUGGAUUAUAAGGACCAAACCGCCUCCUGGAAGCUUAACUUCAAUGCUGACUGCUUGGAUUAUAAAGACCAGACAUCCUCGUGGAAAUUCCAGGUUUUGUGAAGAUCUAUAGAACCUCUUUUUGUGGUUGAUUUUUAAAUACGCUGGGCUGGACAUUCCAGUUUUAGCCAGGCAUUGGUUAAAAGCAUUAGAUGGGAUGACGCUCAGACUCCUCUGAUCAAAAUUCUGGGAGGCAUAGAAGGAAAAAUGAAAGGCCUUAGAGGGGCCUAUCAACCAGCAACCUGAAAUGGACAAACCAAUCUACUUAAGAUCCUGUCAUAGUUUUAGAUUAUUGGUUUUCCUGAUUUUCGAUGUGAUCUAUCCAAUGCAUUCUAGCCAUGUGCAACUAAACACACCAAAACUAAAAUCAGAAUGAAGUUGUGAGGGAAGGGAGGGAAGGUCAUUGCCUUCAUAAGCAGAGGUGAUCCAAUGUUUUAGCCAAUCCUUGGUUGAAUCUUAGGAAUGAACAGUGUCUUGAGCUCAUUCACGUUUCAUGACCAACUGGUAGUUGGCACUGAAAAACUUUUCAGGGCUGUGUGAAUUGUGCGACUGAUUGUCCUAGAUGCACUACUUUAUUUAAAAAAAUAAUGUUCAUAAGGAUUCAAUAUGUAGUUUAAGAGACAAUCAGUGUGUGUCUUAUAUAAAUGGUACAUCUGUGGUUUUUAAUCUGUGCUAGACUUCAAAACUGUGAUCUCCUGUUAUUGUAUGCAACCUUGAGCCCCACCUCUGCAGGGGCCCUUCUGUGAUUAAAUAGGUUAUAAUUAUAAGCAAAAUUCAGAGCAACUGAGUACAGAUCUAAAAAGAUUACGUUUGGCUGGAGGUGAGCUGCCCUGAAGGUUUACUACAAAAUGUCUCCGGACAAGGAGAGUGAGAGGAGAGACAAAAGGACAUGAAUCCGUCUGUAAUUUACUGUUGGUAAAGCCUAGCAGUCAAGAGACACUGCUCAGUUGCUCUAACCCUGGUGAAUUUUUAAACUGAGAUCAUUGUUUAUGCUUGCAGAUGUUAACUGGGAAAGUUAUAUAUGCAUAAACUUUUUCUUCCUGGAUUUGGCAGAUAUGUAUAAUUAUAUUAAAAUGGUUCUA